CCGACGGGUUUACUUGACGAUAGGAGGACCAAGUGGCUCUAAUGGCACAAGCUUCUAUGAGGAUUCUUUUCCAGUAAAUGGAUAGGCUGACACGAAGAAGCUGACCUCACCCAUUUGAUUGGCUCGAUUGCAUAUACAUUUACAUAUCUUCGUUUAGAAUUUGCAGAAAGACAAAACCUUUGGAGCUCUCAUCUCUCUCCUUUGAGCACACAAAAACAAUCUCCCAAUGGCUGCAUUUGCAACUGCAGAAGCGUGUGACAGCAACGCAGAAUUAAUAUCAAACGGAGACCUACGUGCUCUCCACCCAAUCUUCAAGAUGUAUGGCCAGAGAAGAUGCUUCUCAGGACCAAUCGUGACUCUCAAGGUCUUUGAAGACAAUGUCCUCGUCAGAAACCAACUAGAAACAAAAGGAGAAGGCGGAGUCUUGGUAAUAGAUGGUGGUGGAAGCAUGAGAUGCGCGCUUGUUGGAGGAAACCUCGGACAGUUAGCUCAGAACAACGGGUGGUCGGGAAUUGUUGUGAAUGGAUGCGUUAGGGAUGUGGACGAGAUCAAUGAUUGCGAUGUUGGGGUUAGAGCACUGGGAUCUAACCCAUUGAAGUCUACUAAGAAAGGACAUGGUGAGAAGAAUGUGCCGAUCCAUAUUGGAGGAACUUUGAUUAGAGAUGGAGAGUGGCUUUAUGCUGAUAGCGAUGGUAUCUUGAUCUCCAAGACCGAACUCUCCGUUUGAGUCAGACUCAGUUACCACGAUGUUGCGUAAGACUCUUAUGCUUCUUGGAGCUACCUACCUGGUUUACUCGAUUUCUUAGCAAUCUUGUUUAAUGUUCCAAAUAAUCAAUUUAUCACAAUAAUAUACUUACGUUUUUGUGAAAUGUAUUAUACCAUACAGAAUAAAAUAAAAACUUUUGAAAUGACGUGA